UUAGCCUCGUCGCUGAUUGGUCGAGAUUAUUUAAAAGGACGACGCCAUCCUACCGACUGAUUCAAAUCGGCGAAGUGAGGAAAGUGUCUCCGUACAAGUGACGUUUGUAUUUCUAGCUCUUGUGGUGUAUUGUGUGUGCGACCGUUUUGUAAUGAAGACAAGAUGACUUUAAACAGAAGACUCCUGAAAAGGGCGAAUUCGCCCCAUAAAUCGCCGAAACGCAUGAAUACCUCUAUGAGGAAGAGAGCACUAAUUAAGCAGCUGAGUAGUGAUGUACAGUUUGGAGCCGCUUCAAAAGCUAACGUUAAAGUUGUUGUCAGAAUUCGGCCUUAUAAUUCUAGGGAGCUUGAGAAUGGUUCAAGGUCAGUUGUGAAAGUUGUGGAUGAGCAUAUGAUGAUUUUUGACCCUAAAGAAGAUGAAGAAGACUUUUUCUUCAAAGGAGUUCGUCAGCGCACACGAGAUUUUAAUAGGCGUCAGCACAGAGAGCAGAAAUUUAUUUUUGAGAGAGUGUUUAAUGAGGAAUCAACAAACGAAGAGGUUUAUGGAGAGACUACAAAAGAUAUCAUAGAUACAGUUCUUUCUGGAUAUAACUGUUCUGUAUUUGCGUAUGGUGCAACUGGUGCUGGGAAGACAUUCACUAUGCUUGGGAAGCCAGAAUGCCCAGGGAUUACCUUCCUCACCCUUAUGGAGCUGUACCGUCGCAUUGAUGAGCUGAAAGAAGAAAAGAUUUGUGAAGUUGGCGUCUCAUAUUUAGAGGUUUAUAAUGAGACUGUACGAGAUUUACUACGAUUAGGUAAACCCUUAAAUGUGCAGGAAAAUGGAACCCAGGUUUUAGUUCCUGGCCUCUCGCUUCACAAACCAAGUGAUGCUGAUGAUAUAUUGAAAAUGCUAGAAUUUGGGAAUCAGAACCGAUCCCAACAUCCCACAGACGCCAAUGCAGAGUCCUCAAGGUCUCAUGCUGUCUUUCAAAUUUUUGUUCGCCAGCAAGACAAAACAGCUAAUCUGAAGAGCAAUGUGUGUAUCGCAAAAUUGUCAAUGAUUGAUUUGGCAGGUUCAGAAAGGGGUGCUGCAACAGGCUUUAAAGGAGCAAGAUUUCGGGAAGGUGCAAAUAUUAACAAGUCCCUCUUAGCACUUGGAAACUGCAUUAAUGCCUUAGCUGAUGGACUACGGCAUGUUCCAUACCGUGAUAGCAAGUUAACGAGACUAUUGAAAGAUUCUUUGGGCGGGAACUGCCGUAGUGUCAUGAUAGCAGCCAUCUCUCCAUCAUCAAUGUCUUUUGAAGACACUUUCAAUACGUUACGUUAUGCUAAUCGAGCAAAGACUAUAAAAACUACAUUGAAGAAAAACCUGAUGAAUGUUGAUCAUCAUGUAUCUCAGUAUGUGAAGAUUGUUGAAGAUCUACGCAAAGAAGUAUGCUCGUUGAAAGAUAAGGUGAAGUAUUAUGAAGAAAAGGAAAAUCAGAUGGGGAAGGAGCAGUUAGAACUUGAUCAGGCCAAAGAGAAUAUAGAAAAGCAUUGUGAACUUGAGAAUGAGAUAGAAGCAUUGCAAAAACAACUACAGGAGAAGACUAUAGAAGCAACACAGGCACGAUCGUUGGCAUUUGUAGUGGCUGAAGAUGAACAGAAAGUUCAGAAUUGCCUUAAGGAUAUUAGCUUAGAACGAAAGGCUUUACGAAGAGAAUUGCUGCAGUUGGAGAGUUCGCAGCGGGAGCUGGAACUGAAGAUCUAUAAUUGUAAUCUACGGUUACAAAGAAUGAAGAUAUUAUCCUAUACAUCUCAUCGAUUAGACAAGAGUAUUUCUAAGUGUGAACGGAGCAUAAGGAAUUUCACCACUAGACUGGAACAGACAAAGAAACUGCAAGAAACUCUAGAAGAGAAACUGGAGGCAAACAUGAAAAAGUUGAAAUCCGUCCAAAAUGAUCUGAAUCAAUGGGGACUUGAUACUUCCCAGCCAUCCCAAUCUUCAAAAUACUUAAUAGAAAAGAUUGAAUCCUCGCUUGUUGAACAUGACAUUGGACGCUACAGUGAGUACCUAAAGGGAAUAAUUAAAGAAAUUUUAACUGACCACUGCUCAACAGAGCACUUCGUCGGUCAGCUCUUGCAUGUGGUGAAGGAGUUUUACAUUCAGUUACGAGCCAGCAGUGUGUGUUUACCAAAGUUUGAACAACUCUUUGAGGGUGUUAUAGACAGUAUGGAUGAAAGUAAGAUAAUAUGGGCUGAUCAGCAAAGUGAAGAAAAACUCUUGCAGAAACCCGCAAGUGAUUCAUCCGGGCAUGUAUUGGAUGUUAAUCGUAUUACACACCUUCCACUUUUGCCAAGUGUAUACAUCUCUCCAACUGUUCCUCAAGAGUCCAAUAAAGUUUUCAGGCGGUCCAUAAUGAAGAGCAGCAAAAGUGUCCCAUCUCUUCAUAGUGGAAAAAUGAUAACCUUGUCAGAAUGUGAAUCUAAUUUGGAAGAACCUGAAGCUUUAAAAGAUGAAAUAACACCAGGAUCUGAAAUAACACCAGGAUCUCAGGAGCAUGUAUUUCCCGAGUCUCCUGUGUUGUCAACAUACAGCUCUGAGGUUGCUGAGUUUACACAAGAACCCUCGCCAAUUAUUGGUAGUAUUAAUGCUCCAAGAGUAAAUCCAUAUUCUCAAGUAUCUUCUUGCUCAGCCACAGAUAGUGGUGAUAAAUCUCUGUCUCCACUGAAUAAUUCUUCUCAUUCGGAACCUAGUUAUAGUUUACCCACCAUUACCACUGUGGAAGGUUGCCAAACAGAAACAAUUGUGGCCAAUGAAUCCUAUAUAGUUUGUCCAACUUCUACUAGCAGUCAUAUACCAGGAUCAGUGCAAGAACAGGCAGGAGUUGCAAGUGUACCUUCUUUGUUUGUUAGUAUGGUAGGUAAUCAAGCAGGCUCAAAAGAGAAACCUGUGAACAUCAGUAAUGGUUUAAAUACUACAGAACUUCUAGAAGAUAUCCAGCCAGUUGAAUGUUCAAUGAAUGCCACAUUUGCUGUUACACCUGCUAAGGCCCUAAAUGGGACAAUGGACUUGUCUUCUGAUGUGAAUGUGUUUAAUACUACAGUAGAUCUUCCUAAUAGAAUGAGAGAUGCAUCACCCUAUACGUGCUUGAGUACAACGAAAGCAUUUAAAACUGAUGAAAUCACUAAUCCUAAUAUAAGGAGCUGUAUAGACAGUAUUAUGGCUAGUAGUAAAAAGAUAUUGAAUACAACUGUAGAUUUGAGUGGCUCUGGUGGUUCAGACAACAUUCCUGUACAUGCAGAUGGUAAAGAAAAAACUGCCUCAAAGAAGCUAUUCAAACAGGAAAAUUUGGAUUCAACAUUUUCAGUUGACAAUACAUCCUUUGGCUGUUCAUCUUUGGAUUCAAAGUCCCCUGUUCCUGUGGUAAGGCAUGAAAACCUUAGUCAGGCGCAGCGUUCUCCUUUAGUGCCACUGGAGAACAUACAACCUCCACAAGUGUUGAAGGAUCCACCAUUCAUAAAUGGUGAUGAAAACCUAAUGCAGCCCCCUAGUUCUACCAAAAAAUUUAAUUCAAAAACUGGUUUGAUUUCACACAAGACAUUAAAAGUCACCACACCUCACAUAACCAAGGGUUUCUCGUCUACAAGUAAGACAUCCAAGACCCCCCGAAGUGGCGGUUUGAGGAGAAGCCUGAGCACGUCAGCCCUUCAUGGCAAGCCUAAUAGCAGUGGGAAACAGAUUCAAGAGUCUCCUGUUUUUAAGAGGAAAUAUAAUGUACUGGGAAAUGCCUUGAUUAAAACCUCAAAUUUUGUGAAGAUGAGGAAUCAGGAAAAUCUACCACCCUCAAGUGUAAGAAGCACACCAAAUCCUAAAUCCUUGGUUUUCAAAGAGACUGUUUCGUCGUUAGCUAAGCACACUUUCAAACAGCAGCAGAAAACUUGAAGCUGUCAGUCAUCUUGUCUUUAUAACAUCAAAGCGCUAGGUAAUGGGAUUGAGAAAGUCUGUCAAAGACCAUCAGUGAAUACUGUCCAGAUCUUUAAGACUGAUGUGGAUGCACAAGGUCAUGGUUUAUCUUUGUUAACCUUAGAGAAAGUCUCUGAUAGUGUGGUUUACAAGGAGGUAGUUGACUUGGAGACAGAUCAGGAAAAUGUCAUCACCAGGGGAAAAGAGAAAAUGGAUUUGAUGAUGAAGUCCAACAAAACUUCAGUGGAAUUUGGUUUUGAACCAUGGAGUAUUCAUCGUAGUUCUUGGGUCUCCUCAUCUGGAAUAAUUCGCCGUCUGUCAUUAUGGCUCCUAAAAGAAUAGGUUUAAGUAUCUUGAGUGAUUUUACAGCUUUUGGCUGUAUUGUCCCACCGAUUGCCAAAGGUUAGCGGUGUGUACAUAGUUGAAAUGUACAUAUAUUAUAUAUCAUCUUGUAUAUAGCUAUCACAUAUUGCCAUGGAGAUAAAAUUAUUUUAGAUAACUUUUUUAAAAGGUAUCAGCUUUCCAGUAUCCUAUUAUAGCUUCAGUUUUUCAAUAUUUUUAACAUGAAAUAGUUGUGCUGUCUGCUGUGUAGCACUUUUCCCAGCUUAAAAAAACUAAACUUUUUACCUUACAUUUUUGUGAUUUACACCCCCUUUUUAAUUUUUACUAUUUUUAUAUUUGUUGCCUUUCCUCUUAUAUUUUUUUUUUUUUCUGUAAUUUUCUCCUAUAUACUAUUUGUUAAAGACUAAAUGUUAUUUGUUUUAUUUUCUUCUUUUCCUGUCCUGUGUGAGUGAACUUCUGUGAAUGUUUUUGACCUCAAAAUAAUUCAUUGAUCUGGUUAAAAUAGCUAAUAGUAAAAAUAAUGUACUGUUGAAUAUUUCCAUGUUAGAGACAAGUUUGAAGCUACUAGGUUUUUAUUGCUUGAGGAGGUUGAUUAAUGGCUUUAAAAUUAUUCACUGGAAGUGAAUUACCUCCCAAGUAGUAAAUUUUUAUAAGAUUCUUAUCUUUGGCCAUGACUGCUAUGCCUGGCAGAAAGGAUUGGUUUUUCAACAAGGAGCAAAUUUGGAGUAGGGGAAAGAGUGGAAGUAGCUUGAAUAGGAAGUGGGCAAGUGGAAAAUCAGUGGUGCAACAGCUUCACUUGAGGCAUGCUGUAGCCAGUACAUUCUUGCAUGAUACUGGCACAUUGAUAGUUUAUGAAAUUCACAGGUCAGAUAAUCAUGUUUUCCUAACAUUGCCAUUAUGAAUACUUGGUAUGUACAGCUUCAUUUGAGGUGCAUUUGUUAGCUUUUUCUUAGAAAUAAUCUCACUGGAUUAACUAUGACCUUUCAUUGGCUCCUUGGAAAACAAUUUUUCCAAUAUGAUAGCCAAUCCUUAAAUUAAUCUGUGAGGGCUAUGAAUAUUAUUUUAAGGUUAAUCUGCGUUGAUCAGUUUUAACUGUGUAUUAAUAAUGUGUGCAUGCCAGCAUAGUCAAUUUGAUUGUUUGCUUUUGGAAAGUCUUGGAACUUGAGUUUCUUAUUGUGACACUCCAUUUGCUGUUUAAUGUUUCACUUCUAUUCCCGAGCAACCAGUAUAUGUAAAAUAAUUUAACCAUUUAAGAUUUGAUUUUAUAAAGAGAAGCUUUAUUACCUUUACUGGAAUAAAUAAAAUAUGUACA